UGGUUUGUUUACAGCGCGCUAUGGCAAUCUGACCGAGCGCUCGUACCGGGUGUAUAUCCCCCGAUGAUCACCGUCAUUGUACCGUGUAGUCUGGUAUAGGCUGGUCAGUAGAAAGGACGAUCUCUUGGAUUUAUCUCACCCGUAAAGUCGUCAAGUCAACCCAAUUACCUGGACUAACGUUAUGUCAUUCCUGAGGUAGCGGGUCUCACCUGGAGGAGCGGACAGAUCUAUGUGUCAUCGGUACUGUCGUGAACGUCCUUGACGGCCACUUCACCUGACAAUAUGGAAAACAACAUUGGCAGCAACCCGGAUGCAGACAAAGGGGUACUCUCUCAACGUGAAACUAAACAGGAUGUUGCACCGGAAGUGACCCCCGGACAGAGAUGUAGUGGAGCUGAGCAUGCGCGGAGACUACUCCAGAAACUUGGAACGAGAUUCUUUUACAAGAAUGGCGCCACUCUCCUCCACCACUGCUUGAGCCGACCUGUAGUAUACGUAUACGUGUUGGCACAGGGAGGCGUGCCUGUCAACGUCCAGAAUAGUGAUGGCGAUAGUGCACUGCACAUAUCUGUAAGGGCAGGUAACUACGGCAUGACUCAAGCCUUGCUACAGUGCAGCGCUGAUCUCGGCAGCAGGAAUAAGCUGGGUCAAACGCCGCUGGACAUUGCAGAGGGGGCCAUCAGAGACUUGUUGCUAAGAUACCAGCCCGGGGUAGUCCAGGCUGUGAUGCAGGGGAAAUCCCAGGCUCUAGAUCGGCUCUGCAAACACACGUGGUGCAGCGUUGGAUCCGUCGUCAAGGAAGGCAAGAAUUUGCUGCAGCUGGCGAUGUCGCGGGCAGAGAGCGAUCCCAAGGUCACCAACUGUUCCAGGAUACUUCACGAGUACAAGACUACCAGUGAUCUGAUCCACGCGGUGCUCAGUGAGGACGUUGACCUCCUCAAGGAGAUGCUAUCGACGGGGAAAGGAUGUUUGGUCAACAUAAGAUGGAGGGAUCGCCUCGGACCAACCCUAUUGUCUCACGCUAUAGAGAGUAAUAACCUCGACAUAGCGCGGUUGCUGGUUGAAGGGGGAAGCAGGGUCAACAGAAUCCGACUCAGAGAACAUGACACGGUGACGACAACGAUUCCGCUAUUCCACAAAGCUCUUCAGAAGGGUGUCAGCCAGGGAAUGGCCCAGUACAUCUUUCAAGUCCAAGAUUACACGGAAAGGACGGAGAAAGAUAGUAGUGGUAACACAGCAAUACUCCGGGCAAUAGAGAUGGGGUUAUCAGAGGACCUGAUACAUUGGCUUAUAGAGGCACAGAAGGGGACUUGUCUCACACAUCGGAACCAGCACGGAGUGACGCCCCGGGAGCUCGCCACACAGAAGGGGAGGGCCGACGUCGUGUAUACAAUAGACAGGUUCGUGGAGCAGCAGAGCAUGAAGUUCUGUCUCCUGUACCUUCCCGUCCAUUUCUAUAGCGAGGAGAACCUCAAUAUAACGCAACUAGGAACUAAGUCCACGGGUGAAGCGGGAGAGAACGGCAUUAGAAACACCAUUCAAAGUAUAGAGGCCCGCGGGUUGGCGAUGUUCGAGGCUGCGGCCCGAGGAGACCUCAGGCAGGUUCAGAUACUUAAUGAAGCAAGUUAUCAAGACAAGAAUGGCUUCACAGCAUUAACACGAGCAAUAGUGUUCGCCCAACCUGAAGUGACGAAGUAUCUCUGUACAUCCAGACCUGAACUGAAGUCUAUCGCAGACAACUGUAACCGGUAUCCACUCCACUACGCAUGCGCACUGCCAGAUGAACAGCUGAAGACCUUCGCGCGUAUCUUGUUGGAUCGGAACCCUGAAGAGAUUGAAUCUCGUGUCGACAAGGACGGGCGGUUCCCUGUGGACUACAAGAACCUGCGGGGGACGGAGGAAGUCCGGUGGAUGCUCUACGAUGCCAGAACGCUGGACGCUCACGGACAGAGAGGACUUCAUCUAGGGGAGUGGCCCCCGGGGUCCGAAACGUCACCCCCGCUGCAAGAAGAGUAGGGGAACAUCAUGUACUACGUCACUUGAUCGGGCAUAUACGGUGCGGCAACGUAAUAGCGGGGCACUCGUUCUACCAGGCCUGUAAUUCUCUCUGGCUCGUUUGUUAUUUGUUUUCCGGUAUAAUAUGAACAAAACUUACUUUAAUCUUUAACAAAAUAGAGUCGGUAGGAUGAAAAAAUAUUAAUUUUCCAUUUCUCUAUUUUUUCAUUUGGCAUUAUUGUGAAAGAUGACAGGUAUGUUAAUACUACGUUUGGUUUUCAAAAUGGUGGUGGGGUGGGGGUUGGCGGAGUGGGGGAUCCCCGUGAAAACAAACAUGCACCGAUUUGAGUUCCGGUGAAGCUAUGUAAAGUAUUUGAGCAAACAGUUACGGGUCAUUGAGCAUGUAUAGCAUAUCUGAGUCAGACAUUUUUUAAUUAUCAAGCUUGGCAGCGUUAAAAUAGCUUAAUGGAUUAUUUUCCUCGUACCUGAUUGUUAGGUUAGUGGAUGCAUAAAUCAAGAAAUUAACAAUAAUACGCCAAAGGUUGAGGUUCUCCUUGAAAAGCACACAGCUAACUUCUUAUAUUGAUACACAAUUUCGUUAUCUACCAAGUCAGAAAAAAACGUGUGGCUUUCUCCUUUCAAUGUUUCAAGAGCCUUUGGUUAAUGUUUACUCAGUUAAUAUUCCCCAUUCACUUGUGUUGAGUCUUUGACCCUACAAAGUGCUGCUAUUAAUGUUCAAUAUGUAUAGCCGGCUCCUUACAACCAGCACCACGUCCACGUGUAAGAAGCCUGAUGUGCGUCUCGAUUGAGAAAUUGGAAUUCAAAUAAUUUCAUAUUUUAAGCUCAUCCUGUGUCAAUACUUCGACGUCGGUUUCGACUGAGAUUGACAAUGGAGCUAUUCGAUAACUGAUGGCAACUAGUGAAAACUGUUCAUGCCCGCUUUGAGCCAGUAUUACAGAAAACUUUACUGACAUUGUACAGAAUUGAGUCAUCGGAUUUGGAAUAUAUAUACUGUUGGAAACGAAGACGGGAACAAUGUAAAAUAUGGGGAAUAAAGUGAGGUGAAAUUGGGUUUAACGUCGCGUCCAAGAUUAUUGCACUUACAUAGCGACGUGCAUGUGUGUGUGUGUGUGUGUGUGUGUGUGUGUGUGUGUGUGUGUGUGUGUGUGUGACUGCUUGUACU